GGUUUGGACCUAUGCUGUUGCCGUAUUUCUAUUAGGUACUCGGCGUAUGGGUAAUGUAGUGUAGCAGGAGACACGUGGGACGCUGCGUUGCCGUUCAUUCGAAGUUUACGGAAACAUGGCGGGCCUGGAACUGCUGUCUGAUCAAGGAUACCGUUUAGAUGGAAGGAAAGCCACCGAGCUGCGGAAGCUUCAGGCCCGUAUGGGUGUGUUCACUCAGGCCGACGGCUCUGCGUAUUUAGAGCAGGGGAACACCAAAGCUCUGGCCGUGGUGUACGGUCCCCACGAAAUGCGAGGUUCUCGAAGUCGGACUCUUCAUGAUCGAGCAGUUAUCAACUGCCAGUAUAGCAUGGCCACGUUCAGCACAGCGGAGAGGAAGAGACGACCACACGGAGACCGCAAAUCCACUGAGAUGAGCCUCCACCUGAAGCAGACGUUUGAGGCUGCUGUGAUGACCCAGCUGUACCCUCGAUCUCAAAUUGAUAUCUAUGUCAAGAUUCUGCAGUCAGACGGAGGGAAUUACAGCGUGUGCGUGAAUGCUGCCACAUUGGCAGUGAUUGACGCUGGCAUCCCCAUGCGGGACUAUGUGUGUGCCUGCACUGUGGGGUUUGUGGAUGAGACCCCCCUUGCUGACCUGUGCUACGCGGAGGAAAAUGGAGGCGUGAGCUCAUUGGCUUUAGCGCUUCUGCCCCGAGGUGGACAGAUCGCUCUGCUGCAGAUGGAUGCCAGACUGCAUCAGGAUCACCUCGAGACUCUGAUUGAGGCUGCAAUGACUGCUUGUAAAGGUGUGAGCAAAGUGCUGGAUGAGGUGGUGAGGCAGCAUCUUCAAGAAGCCUCGGUGCUCACCGGAGAGUGACGUGGGACGGCAGCGGGAACAUGUGGAUUCCAAGUGCAGCUUGAAAGUGUUAUUGGACUUUAAAUAUUUACAAAUGAUAUUAACCUUUAAUUCAUUUAUAUCAGUCACUGAAUACUUUUGUAUGAAUGUGAUAAAUGUAAUAAUAAAUAUGUUAGUCAUG